AUGUUUCAGAUCUAUAGUACGGGCCACCAGAUAAUAUAUGUUAGCCCUGGUACUACAACUAUAAACUUUGGUGCCCCCCCCAUUCGACGUGGACCCCUAAGCUACAAUUCCUUCAGAUUCAUUCUUCAUUCGUUUCAUGCCAACAUGUCAUUUAGAAUCGCCGCCAAAGACGUAAGGCUGCUGCCAACCCUCAUCGCAAAGCCAUUGAACCCUUCAUCCAAAAUUGUCGAUAUUACUGCCAAGUCUCCCGAACCGAUCACUCAACCUGCUGACGAGAAGGUCUCUGAUAACGCUGAACUUGAGAAGAAUGUGGGUGGAGGAGAUGGAAUUGACAUUGAUGCAUAG